AUGCAAGGUCAUCGUGGGCCAAAGCCAUGGGCUACUGCAGAACAAGAAAAAUUCCUGUUAAGUCUACUCAGCGAAUAUAUCAUUUGUCAAAAGGCAAAAGUAUACAUGGUAUUCUUUCUCGACAUGUGGGUGGCAUUUGAGGCGCAAUGGCCAGAGCACCAACACGCUAUAAUGGGUGUCCCUUUGGAGGGCAACCUCACAGAGGUCCAGACAAAAAUACUAACUAAGGCUAAGAGUAGUCGUAAAACAAUUCUCUACAAUGAGCGCAUGAAGGAGGAAGCAGAUGCGGCAAUCAAGGCCAAGGGUAUCACAACACAUGGCCAAAAGCUUGCAAAAUGGAAGGACCUCACUUGCACUAAAUAUGCAGCUGAAGAUGAUAGCAUCAAGGCUGAGGUCCAAGAAAGGCACCAAGAAAGCCCUUCUAAAGCUGGUUUCAUUCCGGAAGUUGAACAAGAGGAGCAGAUUAAAGCCUUCAGUGAACUUGGGGCGCAUCUUGAUUGCAUCUUCCGCCACUUGUCCCAUAAGACGGGUGGACUUAAGUUCACAUGUAUCGCGUGGGGACGAAACCCAGCCACAGGAGGCAUUGUAGUUCUUGACUACCAUCUCAGAGAGACGGAGAUGGGGGACGAGUUUUCGGCUGAAUAUACUGGGUUCAGCGAAGUCCAAACAGCCUAUGCAAGCUUCGUCGAAUUGGCACUAUCACUGGAUGCAGGUACCAUUGCAGAUGAGUUGGCCAACGAGUUGGACAAUCUUUUUUGGGAGGGUAGCAAAGAAGAAGAGGAAAAGGCUGCUGAGGAGGAGGGAAAUGUUAGGGAGAAUGAAGAGCUUGGGGUUAUGAAUGAUAUUGGGCUGGGGCUGAACAGCCUUUAUGAGUUUGACCAAGUCAUGCCAUGUCUAGUAACACACCACUCUCUCGUUCCAAUCAUCUACCACCUGCUACACCGCUCUUUCAUUCCAAUCAUCUACCACCUGCUACAACCCCAAUCAAGCACCUCCAGCAUGAAUGUGACAGAUUCCAACACAUUUGACCCUCUUGCUGGUCUAGAAGAGGAAGGUCUGCAUCAAACAACAUGCCGCCAUGUUCCAUCCACACAUGAGCAUGUUCUCAAUGCAAUUGGGUCAUCAAGUGCACGUGUGCACCCACCUGUCUCUGUUGAUAAAGAGAACAACAAGUGA